UACAAAAUGGAUGGUAUCAAGGUGGAGCCUGAUUCAGAAGAAGAAACUAAUCCAUAUGACGUUGACAUUCAGCACAUUGACAUGAAACAAGAGGAGGCAGAACCAAUGAGUUUUGUUGAAGUGAAGUGUGAAGUAGAGGAAGGUUUAGCUGAAGAAUAUCAGCCAAGUAAUGAUGAAAAUGGGGAACAUCUUGAACUUUAUGGCUACAGCUGUGCUUCCAGUGCAGGCACACUAGCUCUGGCUGGAGACACUGCCUGCAAUGUGUGCAGGAAGCAGUUCUCCUCCAGAAGCAAACUGAGGAAGCACAUGAUGAUCCACACGGGAGAAAAGCCAUUUCACUGUGAGGAGUGCGGCAAACGAUUUAUCGAUCGUGAGCAUUUAAGGAGACAUUCCCGCGUUCAUUCUGGAGAAAGACCAUUUCAGUGCAUCGUGUGCAAGAAGCAGUUCACAGACAACAGCAUCUUAAAAACACACUCCCGCAUCCACACAGACCAGUCUUACCAGUGUUCUGUAUGUUGCAAAGUGUUCUCAUCUGAGUGGGACCUGGGAAAGCAUUACCGCAUUCACACGGGCGAGAAGCCGUAUCGUUGCAUUAUUUGCGGAAGACAGUUUUCUCGAAAUGAUUACCUACGGAAGCAUUCUAUAACCCACACUGGGGAGAAACCGUUUCAAUGUGAUGUAUGCAGGAAACAAUUUUCGCUGAAGGAGGGCUUGCAGCGGCACUCGCGCACACACAGCGGAGAGAGACCCUUCGAAUGCGCUGUAUGCAGUAAGACGUUUAUUCGUCGGGAGCAUUUCAAGAGACACUUUCCUUGGAAUUAAGAAGAAUGAAAUAAGUGGGGCAUGCAGCGCGCAUGGAAGGGGCUAGAGGAUUGCACCAGCUAUUGGUCGGGAAGCCUAAGGGGAUGACCCCGCUGGGGAGGCCUAGACGUAGAUAGGAGGAUAAUAUCGAGAGGGAGAUGGCAGUUGAAGGCGAUUGGAUUAUGUUGGCCCAAACACGGACUGGCGAAAGACCUUUAUUAAUUCUGUGAUGAACCUUCGCCUUCCUUGA